AUGUAAAUGGACAGAACUAGUAGAGUAUUCUGCUUAUUUCAUUACGUAGAAAUGUCCUUAAAUAGUAAGGAGAAAGUUGGACAGAAGUGCACAUGAUAACGUGUAUUUCGAAAGCUAUUCUGAUGUUACUAUUCACGAAGAGAUGAUUGCAGAUAAGGUCCGCACCAAUUCUUACAGGUUGGGCAUUUUAAAAAACUGUAAGGCAAUCAAAGGUAAAGUUGUGUUGGAUGUGGGUGCAGGAACGUGCGUGCUGAGUAUUUUUUGCGUGCAUGCUGGGGCUAAAAAAGUAUAUGCAGUGGAAGCGAGUGCUAUAGCCGAGCAAGCAAAGGAAAUUGUGAAGUUAAAUAAGAUGGAAGAUAAAAUCACCAUCAUAAAAGAUAUGCUGGAGACAGCAGAGCUGCCAGAAAAAGUAGACGUGAUUGUCAGCGAGUGGAUGGGAUAUGCGUUGUUGCACGAAUCCAUGUUGAAUUCUGUACUGUUUGCUAGAGAUAAAUGGCUAAAGCCAGGUGGUUUCAUAUUGCCAUCCGUGGCUGAACUUUAUAUUGCUCCUAUAAAUGAUCCCGUGGUCGAGGAUCGCUUGAAUUUCUGGAGCACGGUGAAAGACCAGUAUGGUGUGGAUAUGACCUGCAUGUAUGACUUUGCGAGGAAGUGCAUCAUGAUGACCAGUGAGAUCGCUGUGAACUCCGUCACAAUGGAAGAUGUGCUCUCCCACCCUGCUAAAUUUGCCGAGCUGAAUUUGCAUACAGUAACCACAGAACAACUUGAAAGCGUGAAGGGCAGUUUCAGCUGCGAGUGCUUUGGCUCUUCCUCUGUUAACGCUUUAUGCAUUUGGUUUUCGGUGACUUUCCCAGGUGAAGACAAACCGUUAGUUCUGUGCACGUCCCCAUUUAAACAGGAAACCCACUGGAAACAAUCCAUUCUGUAUCUGGAUGAAGCAGUUGAAGUUGGGCAGGACACCAAGGUCGCAGGAGAAAUCGCCUUGUCUCCUUCGGUGAAAAACCCAAGGCAUUUAUGCGUCCACUUGGACUAUUCGAUUGGAGAGCAUACAAAUAAGGCAAAGACAUUUUCAAUGGGAGACGGGUUCCCAGACCCUGAGUAAAAAAGAAAAAAAAAAAAAAAGAAACAUCUGCACAAAUGAUUUUAGGGUUUUUUUGCUUUUUUUCUGACCAAUGUGCUCAAGUUUGUGUAUCAUUAAAAUAUGCAAUCACAAAAGCAAUUUUAUAGCUA